AUGUUAUUUUGGAAAGGUGAAAUCCUUCCUGUUCCUGAAACUGUUCCUUUUAGAUUAACUACUAAUAUGAUUGAUUGUUUUGGUCCUCAAUCUGAAAAUGGUCUCUUUCUUGAUAUGUGUACUCUCGUUUUAAAAACUUUACGUCAUAAUAAAUCUGUUAUUAUCUCUUUAACUAAUAGUAUGUUACAUCCCUCUUUUAUUGAUUGGGCUCUUGAUGAAAAAAGAGCUUCCCAAAUCCCUGAAAAACCAAUCCCUCGUUUUAAACGUAUUUUAUCUGGUAUUGAUAAAUUAGGAAGAGUUGUUUCUGAACGUUCUCAAGCUGAACAACUUAUUAAUGAUGCAAAAUCUGUUGAUAAUUUAGCUUCAAUGUUUCAUGGUUGGCUUCCUUAUAUCUAA